AUGCAGCGUCAGAAAUAUCGAAACGAAGUCGCGACAGAGCAAAAUUUUCUCUUCAAAGAGAAAACAGAUACGAUCGCAGCUUCACGCAGACUAAUAAAAAAGCUUGUUGCUGUUGGAUUCUCGCAUGUUUGCAGGCAUCGACUCAGGUUGGAAGAGAACCUGUUCGUUGACCGAAGGUGCGAUGAUAUUACUGUCAAGGUUUUGAACCCGUACGCUGCGGAAAUAGAAGACAGUUGCACCGCGCGUCAAGUGAGCAUCUGGCUCAAGAAGAUCUUCGAGUACAUCGAAAAGGGCUUCCUCAAUACCAUCAUACUGGCAUUUUACUCAGAGAAGGGCAAGCCGGAAACUACUAUUUUUGAGAUGUUCAAGUUCAUUGUCAAGGAUAGCUCCCUCUGCUUCCAGAUGAAGGAUGAUAAUGAGCCAAUCAAAUUUGAUAAAAAUGAACAGACUGAUUUGAAAAAAGCAGUUACAAAGUUGCUAACAUCUAUGACCGCCAAGAUGAGAGCCAUGCCAAGGAUGCCGAAGAAAUAUUACGUGACUAUGCGACUGUCGACAUCAGAUGAAUUCCAGCAGUCAGAAAAGACCGACGAAGAUAUCUACGAUGAUGGAUUCGCUCCAGAAACCAAGUCUGUCAGUAUGUACACAGCUGAGGAUAUUUUUUCUGAAGAGGUUCACAGCAAGUUCCAUAAGUUCCGAGUCAAGUGCGUCCGUUCCAAAGCGUUUCCAGGGACCAGCAGACAUAGAAAUCAAGUAGAUGUCACUAAUGCACUUGAAGAAAGCGCGAAAAAACGAAGACGCGUGAAUGAAGACUGA